AUGUCUGAUUUAGACGAAGAUUUAUUAGCGUUAGCAGGUGCAGGUGAGGGAGAUGAAGAAGAGGAAGAAGAAAUCUUACUGUCUUCUUCAAAAAGAACAAAACAAAAUCAAGAAAAUACCUCCUCAAAAAAGAGAAGGAUCGAUGUAGAUAGCGAAGAAGAGGAUGAAGAAGAUGAUUAUAAUCCUAAUGUUGUAUCUGCUGGUGGUUAUAAUGGAAAUGUAUCAAACGAGGAAUCCGAAGAGGAACCAAAUCCAUUCCCCUUGGAAGGUAAAUAUAAAGAUGAAGAGGAUCGUGAACACUUGGAAUCCUUACCAGAAAUGGAACGUGAAACUUUGCUAUUUGAAAGAUCUCAGAUUAUGCGUAAAUAUCAAGAAAGAAGACUAUUUCGAGAGCGUAGAAGACAACAAGAAAUUAAUAAGAAUAGAAUGGCUAAGACUAGAUCAUCUGGAAGAACAACACAUGCUACAGGCCACACAGAGUUGAUGUCUUCAAAAUUGUCUCAACUAAAAAAACAAAGAGAAAAGAAACAAAACCGUCGUUAUAGUGAUAAUGAUGACGAUAAUGAAUAUAAGGAGGGUGAUGAAGAAGAAGAAGAGGAUGAAUAUAACUAUGAAGAUGAUUAUAAUGACGGUGAUGAAGAUUACCUUGAAGAUGAGACAGAUUAUAAUCCAUUGGCAAGAAAAUCGAAGUACGAUGACCGAACUCAUAUUGACAACGAAGUCAAGUGGGCAGAAGAUGAAGACAGAGAUUCAGAUUUAAAUGAUUUUAAUAAGAUAAAGGUUGGACGUUCUUUUGUGGCCAAAUUUUGUUUUUAUCCUGGCUUCAACGAUUUAAUGAAAGGCUGUUAUGGUAGAGUGAAUGUUGGUAUAAAUAAACGUUCUGGCCAACCAAUGUACCGUAUGGUUAAGAUUGAAAGAGUUUUUUUACAAAAACCUUACAGUAUGGGUAAGUUUUAUACAAAUCAGUAUUUUGGUGUUACACAGGGGAAGGAUAGAAAAGUAUUUCAAAUGAAUUUUUUCAGUGAUGGUCUAAUUACACAAAGUGAAUUUGAUAGAUACUUGAAUGCAUUAGAUAAGUCAAAUAUGACAAAACCAACAUCUCAUGUUUUAAAUAACAAGAGUAAAGAAUUGUUUUCUUUUGUGAAUGAACCACUCACAGAAAGGAAGACUGAUGAAAUCAUUCGUAAUAGAAUGUUAUUUAACAAAAAAUUAUCUGGUACUAACGCAGUUAUUGAAAAGACUGUACUGAAGAAUAAGUUACAAUAUGCCCGUGAGAAUGGUAAUGAAAGAGAUAUAGCUAAAUACUCGGCACAACUGAGAAAUUUUGAAAAGAGAAUUAGUACAUAUGAGAAACAUCAUGAAAAUGAUCAAACUGGAACCAAGAAAUUAGGUGCCUUAACAUCAAAGAAUAGAAAAUUAAAUAUGGACAAGAUUAAAUAUGCAGAACACUCAAAGAAGGAAAAGACACCCUCUGUUGAUUCCAAGACAGAUCCAUUUAGUAGAUUGAAAACAAGAACUAGAAUGUAUUACCAAGAAGUGCAACAGGAAGAAAAUGAUAAAGCUAAAGCGUUAGCUCAACAGAAGCAGAUAGAAGAGGACCAAGAAGCUAAAGAACGUAAAGAAAAAGAACUACUGUUAGCCAAUUUCAAGAGAUUAGGUGGAUUAGAAAAUAUAAUUGGAUCUAUUGAUAUUAAGUUUAACAUUGAUAUCUAG